ACCGGAAAUGUCAGAUGGGAGAUGAUUUGACCUGUUUUAUUUUAAGAGUAUCGGUGUUAAAUUAUAAAAAAUAAAAAUCUCAAAAGGUUCAGAAGGAAUUUAUGUGUAAUUUUCUAUCACACAGAGCCGGUGUGUGUGAAUUAGGAGGGUGAUUCGCACAAGUUUGAGUGUUUUCAGCAGACACUGAAUGGAAAAUGUUUCAGGUGCUUGUUUUGUUCUGUUUGUGCUGGAGACGGCUGCUCGGUGUGUUUGGAGCUGAAACGCAGUCAGUGAUGGAGGGAGACUCUGUCACUCUAAACUCUGAUCUUACUGAGAUAUGUGCAGAUGAUGUGUCCUGGAGUUAUAGAGAUACAAACUCUAUAAAGUUAGCUAAAAUCAAUAGACAGGCUAAAACGUCCUUCAUAUCUGAUGUUCCUGAUGAGAGAUUCAGAGACAGACUGAAGCUGGACGAUCAAACUGGAUCUCUGACCAUCACAAACAUCACAACUGAACACACUGGAGUCUAUCAACUAGAGAUUGAUGGAGCAAAACUGAUAUCAAAAACAUUCAGUGUUUCUGUCUAUGCACCAGACGGAGCGUCUCCUUCACACACAGUCUCUCUGAUCGUGCUGAUCGCUGCUGGAUCUCUGCUGGUCAUAACUCUGUUUGGGAUCUUCUGCAUCCACAGGAGAAACAGAAAAACUGAUCAAGAAGCUGUCGAUGAUUUAGUUGUAGCAGUUCAGUCUCACGAUGAAGAGAUCAUUUACGCUGAUGUGACGUUCUACAAAAGAAAUCCACAAGAAAUGACAGCUACAGAGGAUAAACACGUGGAGUAUUCAACUGUCCACAUAAGAUUAUGA